AUGGCGCUGCUGCCCCGCUUCAGGUUCGGCUCCUCGGCCGCUUCGCUUUUGCGCGGCGAUGCGGGCGUUGCUCCGGUGCAGCGGAGAUGCUUCGGCAGUGGCGAUAUGCAGGCGGUUGCCAUCCGCAUCAAGUCAGUCAAGUCCAUCCAGAAGAUUACCAAGGCCAUGAAGAUGGUUGCAGCCUCGAAGCUCAAGGCUGACCAGCGCCGACUGGAGGCCGGCCUUCCAUUCAGCACGCCGACACAGAACGUGAUGAACCUGCUUCCCAUCUCUACCACCGAGCCGGCCGGGAAGAACACCGCACUGGUCGUGCUCGCAUCGGACAAGGGUCUUUGUGGCGGCAUCAACUCCGCCGUGGCCAAGAUGACCAAGGGGCUGGUUGCCGGGGGCGAGGCUGGCGGCGCAGCCUUCUCGCUGUACUGCGUUGGCGAGAAGGUGCGCAGCGCCCUCGAGACCGCGUACGGAAAGUACUUCAAGAGCGUGUUCACGGAGGUGUCGCGCACCCCCUUCAACUACGCGAAGGCCGCGAUGAUCAGCGAGGCCUUGCGCCAGGGGAACCACGACCGCAUCCGCAUCGUCUACAACCACUUCAAGAGCGCCAUCAGCUACGAGACCAGGACGCUCGACGUGCUCUCCCUCCCGCAGUUCAAGGCGAUGCACAAGAGGGAGCUCAACGUGUACGAGAGCGAGCCCGAGAUGGCGGAGUUCUUCCCCGAUUUCUACGAGUUCUACCUGACCUGCUGUGUCUACGGCUGCAUGCUGGAUUCGCUCGCAGCCGAGCAGUCGGCGCGUAUGUCCGCGAUGGACAACGCCUCGACCAACGCCUCGGACAUGCUGCAGUCGCUGACGCUCAAAUACAACCGCGCGCGUCAGUCGAAGAUUACGCUCGAGCUCAUCGAGAUCAUUGGAGGUGCGAACGCGCUGUAG